AUGCUUAGGGAUGCUUGGUCGAACGACGGUGGGAAAGGCUGGUGGCGAUGGUGGUCUAGGUUGGGCGGAUUGCUGGCGAUGGCGACGGCCAUUUCCUGUCUUGUUGCCCCGUUUCCGGGUGCCUCGGCCAAUCCGGAAGCGAAGCGUCUCUACGAUGACCUGCUGUCGAACUACAACCGCCUCAUCCGCCCUGUUGGCAACAACAGCGAUCGGCUCACUGUCAAAAUGGGACUACGCCUCUCCCAGCUCAUCGAUGUUAACCUGAAGAACCAGAUAAUGACGACGAACGUUUGGGUGGAACAAGAGUGGAACGAUUACAAGCUGAAGUGGAACCCGGAUGAUUAUGGCGGUGUCGACACCCUCCACGUGCCGUCGGAGCAUAUAUGGUUGCCGGAUAUUGUUCUUUACAACAACGCCGAUGGCAACUAUGAGGUGACCAUUAUGACCAAGGCAAUUUUGAACCAUACGGGGAAGGUCAUGUGGAAACCUCCGGCGAUCUAUAAAUCAUUUUGCGAGAUCAACGUGGAGUACUUCCCCUUUGACGAGCAGACUUGCUUCAUGAAGUUUGGUUCGUGGACUUACGACGGGUACACGGUCGACUUACGACACCUGGCCCAGACCGAAGAGUCGAACCGCAUCGAGGUCGGGAUCGACCUGACCGACUACUAUAUUUCCGUCGAGUGGGACAUCAUAAAAGUGCCUGCCGUGAGGAACGAGGCGUUCUACAUAUGCUGCGAGGAGCCCUACCCAGAUAUCGUGUUCAAUAUCACCCUGCGCCGCAAGACCCUCUUCUACACGGUGAACCUGAUCAUACCGUGCGUGGGCAUAUCUUUUCUCUCGGUGCUGGUGUUCUACCUGCCGAGCGACAGCGGUGAGAAGGUCUCCCUGUCGAUCUCUAUACUGCUGUCGUUGACGGUGUUCUUCCUACUGUUGGCCGAGAUCAUACCGCCCACGUCGUUAACGGUACCGUUGCUCGGCAAGUACCUCCUGUUCACGAUGGUACUUGUCACGUUGUCCGUGGUGGUGACGAUAGCCGUGUUGAACGUGAACUUUCGCUCCCCUGUCACCCAUCGUAUGGCCAAAUGGGUGCGUGUGGUGUUCAUACAAGUGUUGCCGCGUUUCCUUCUGAUCGAGAGGCCGAAGAAGGACGACGAUGAGGAGGAGGACGAUGACGAUGACGAGGUUAGGAACGGCGUAGGUGUCGCUGGUGUGACGGCCGACGGUGAGCCGAUGGACGAGGACGACGACGACGACGACGACGAGGACGUCGAGGCGACCAAUGGGAAACCGGCCGAGGGCAUGCUCACCGAUGUGUUCCAUGUACAAGAGACUGAUAAGUACGACUCGUACUACGGCAAGAGGUUCAGCGGGGAGUACGAGAUACCUGCGCACGGCUUGCCACCGUCAGCGACCAGGUACGAUCUUGGUGCUGUGGCCACCGUCGGGCCAGUCGCGCCAUGUUUCGAGGAGCCGCUACCCUCGCUGCCACUGCCCGGGGCUGACGACGACCUCUUCGGCCCGGCCAGCCCAGCGUACGUUCACGAGGACGUCAGCCCCACCUUCGAGAAGCCGUUGGUUCGCGAGAUCGAGAAGACCAUCGACGACGCCCGGUUCAUCGCGCAGCACGCCAAGAAUAAGGACAAGUUUGAGAGCGUGGAGGAGGACUGGAAAUACGUAGCGAUGGUGCUCGACCGGAUCUUCCUUUGGAUAUUCACGGUAGCCUGUGUGCUGGGCACAGUGUUGAUCAUCCUUCAGGCGCCGAGUCUCUACGAUACGACAAAGCCGAUCGACAUCAAGUACAGCAAGAUCGCGAAGAAGAAGAUGGCGCUGCUGAACAUGGGCCCCGAGGAGGACUAG